AGAAAAAUGACACCCAGAUAUGUUCAGGAAGACCCUCAGGAUAUCAGCUACCUACUUCAGAUUGAGGGGAAGGGCCGCAUGGUCCAUCUGAAGCAGAAGAAAGGGUUUGUCCCGAAACACUUCCCCAUCUUCACAUACAAUAAGGUGGGGAAACUCCAAGCAGACUACCCUUUCAUCAGGGAUGACUGUUUCUAUCAUGGCUUUAUACAGGGUCAGCCCUCCUCCCAGGUCUCCCUCAGUACUUGCUCAGGUGGACUCAGGGGUAUCUUUCAGUUUGAAAACACGACUUAUGAAAUUGAACCUGUCGAGGCAUCUGCUUCCUUCCAUCAUGCAGUGUAUCGUUUGGAACAAAAGGACAGUGCUGUCCGAAUGAGGUGUGGACUCACAGAGGAAGAGGAAAGACAUCAAAAGACUCUGAUGCAGCAGGACACAGAAAAAGUAGUGGUCAAAAGGGAUUCUGGAAAUGCAUGGUGGACACACAUCCGGUAUGCAAAGGUGGCAAUUGUUGUGGACUAUGAACGAUUUAUGAAGUUUGGCAGAAAUGAAACUGUGGUUGCUUUGCGUGUUCUGGAUGUUUUUCAUACUGCUAAUUCAUUCUAUGACCCACUUUCUGUUCAACUUUCCUUAGUUGGACUAGAGAUCUGGUCAGAAAGAAACCUCAUAAACAUUAGUAACAGUUUGAUUGCAACGCUUGAGGCUUUUGCUUUUUGGAAAAGAGCCUCACUUCUUAAAUGUCUAUAUAGUGAUACUGCUCACUUUUUUGUAUACUAUAAGAGUUUUGGAAUAUCACUUGGAUUGGGAUUUGUAGGAACAAUCUGUAAUAACUAUUGGGCAGAUGCUGUCGAUUCUUAUAUGACUGACAAUUUAUUAUCUAUCUCGAUUGUCUUUGCACAUGAACUGGGACAUAAUCUUGGCAUGAGACAUGAUGGAGACUAUUGUCAUUGCGAUCGAGUUGUCUGCAUUAUGUAUGAAUAUAUUGUCCGCACUGAUAAGUUUAGCAAUUGUAGUUAUGCCUAUUUCAACCAAAGGAACGCAAAAUGCUUGUUAAUUCCCCCAGGUCCUGAAAAAUUGUAUGAAUUCAGCUACUGUGGAAACAAGGUUGUGGAAAACGGAGAGCAAUGUGACUGUGGUUCGGCAGCUGAAUGUAAAUCUGAUCCAUGUUGUCGGUCUAAUUGUAUGUUGCGUCCAGGGUCCAGUUGUGCUUUUGGACCAUGCUGCAAAAACUGCCGAUAUGUUCCAGCUUGUUCUGUUUGCAGAAAAAAUAGUAGUAUAUGUGAUCUUCCUGAGUAUUGUAGUGGGACUUCAGAAAGGUGUCCCGAAGAUGUUUAUGUUCAAGAUGGGGCUCCGUGUAUUGAUGGAGCAUACUGUUAUCAAGGAAACUGUACUACACACGACAGGCAGUGCAAACUGAUCUUUGGCUCCAAAGCAACGGUGGCCUCAGAUGAUUGUUUCAGAAUAAUUAAUGCUCGGGGUGAUCGUUUUGGCAACUGUGGCCUUUUACAUGGGGUUUAUAAGAAAUGUAAUAUUCCGAAUAUCCUCUGUGGACGGCUCCAGUGCGACAAUGUGGAUGAUCUCCCUUCUUUUGAGGAGCACAGCACC